UUCAUUAAAGGGUUCAUUUUGCCUGUAAACACUAUGGAAGCUGCAGUCAGUUGCUGUUAAGGAGUAUUUUAAGUAUUACAGUCUUUAUUCCAUUCGCCAGACAAGGAUUGGCAUAUUUUAAAGCCCUCCCUCCCUCAGGCCUUCUCUCUCCGCACAGCGCCGCGCGAUGUCCGACGACGGCGGGUGCGAUUCCGGAGGCGGAGGCGGAGGCGGAGGCGACUCAGGAGGAGGAUGGGAUUCUGGAGGAGGAAGCAGCUUCGACUGGAGUCAUGAUGAUGGAGGAGGAAGUUGCGAUGGUGGAGGAGAUCACGAGGACGCCUUCGAGUACGUGGAAACUUCAAGAGUCAGGAUGCCGAAGUCGAGGUCAAGAGGCCGCGGGAGCAGCAGUUCGAACAGCAAUUGGUUCAUAUGUGGCUUUGGUUUCUGUGUUUUGCUGGGGAUCAUGAUCUACCUGCUGUAUAGGUAUGCCAUGUAAUUCUUCCCUCCUUUGUUUUUAAAGAGGUUUUAGUUGUUUCCGAAUCAAAAACUGCAUAUAGAAGGUUAGUAUUGCCUAGACUCUUUGUUAUACUUAAUAUUUACACAGUUGAGUGUCAUAUAUAUUUGAUAUAUUCUUUACUCAUACAUAUAUAUAAGGAAAUGAUGGUAGUUUUAUAUGACUUAUUUUGUAAUUUUUUUACGUGCUUUAAUUUUCAUUUGUGAUAAAUGAUGACUUUUAUAAGCUAUGACCAUUUCACUUUGGUCUUAAUUGUUAAUAAUAUCUGUUUAAUUUGUACAGUUGUGUGUUUGUUAAGAAUUAUUUUCGUUACUGCCAGGUGUGAUACGAAGGAAUGAAUGGUAUAAAGAUAUAUAUAGCAAGAAGGAAAAAAGGGAGAAAGAGUGAUUUGAAGACAUGAAUAACAAGCGAAAUUACUUCCUCUUCAGGAAAUAAUAUUUCCUCUUCAUAGUAAAAUAUUUCCUCUUCAGAAUUAUGUCUAUCAAUCAUGCAUUCAUUUCGUACACGUAUUCUUCAAUAAUUGCAAUGGAAAAGUUUGGUAGUUUUCAUGCCAGAUUCAGUUCUUCCAGUAUUAUGACGUAGAAAAUGUGAUAUUUGAAGAGGAUACACUUAUACAAAAUACGUGUUGUAGCAAUACUCGUGUCAUUAUCAUAUGUUUAUGUUUUUAAUCUUACUACUUUAGCGAAACAAAGUAUUUAGCUUAGGUAUCCCAGUGGCAAAUGGUUUCUGUGAACAACAUCCACCAAGACAGGACGACAGCCACAGCGCCUUCCUGCCAGAGGUCCUCCUUGAGCCUAUCGCCAGCGGCCGGAAGUAAGCACGUGACCUCGAGCAGAACCGUCCCUUAAAAGAGAGAGAGACAUCCUCGACGGAGGGAAGACCAAGACCGGGCCAGACAGACGAACGCAGCCGGCGAGCUCACAGCGACCGCGUCCUCGGUACCCAGGGCGACGGGGAUCUCACAGCGCAAUGAACCCAAAAACUAAUACUCCUUUUCAUCUUCCUUUCCAAGGCCAUCCUCUGCCUCGUGGAAUUCCUUCAGCAGCGUCCAACCUCGUUGAGAGUUUCUAUUUUUAGGCUGGUUUCGUGCUUUAUGUAAUAAAAGUGAUAAAUGAAA